AUGACCGCCGGCUCCCGACGGAGGCCCCCGCCGCCCCGCCCCCGCGCCUCCCCCAUGGCGCCAUCCCCCCUCUCCCUAUCCUCCACCAACCCCUCCCCGCCGCCCUCGCGCCGCCUCCCCCGCACGGCCGUCGCGGCCGCGGGCGCCGCGCUCGCGACGCUCCUCCUCCUCGCCGCGGCCGCCGCCGUCUGGCGCCCGGCCUACCUCCCCGCCGCGCUCCUCCGCCGCCCGGCGCCCGCCGCCGCCAGGUUCUACUCCUUCGACCUGGUCCGCGAAUACCCGCACGACCCCGCGGCCUUCACCCAGGGCCUCCUGUACGGGGGGAACGACACCCUCUUCGAGUCCACCGGCCUUUAUCACCAGUCGUCGGUCCGAAAGGUUGAUCUUCAAACUGGGAAAGUUUUAGAGCAGCACCAAAUGGAUGGAUGGAUGUUUGGAGAAGGCCUAACACUUCUCGGCGACAGAUUGUUUCAAGUUACUUGGCGGAAGAAUGAUGGAUUCAUAUACGACCGGCAUAACUUCAGCAAACGUGAGAGUUUUACCCAUAAAAUGCUUGACGGGUGGGGGCUUGCCACCGAUGGAAAAAUUAUAUUUGGCAGUGAUGGCACCUCAAAGUUAUACCAGCUGGAUCCAGAAUCACUUGAAGUGACGAAGACAGUAACAGUGAAAUAUCAAGACAAUGCUGUUUCCUUUAUUAAUGAACUGGAGUAUAUAAAUGGUGAAGUAUGGGCAAAUGUCUGGCAGACAGAUUGCAUAGCUAGAAUUUCCUAUGAAGAUGGCCAAGUGGCGAGCUGGAUCUUUCUUCAUGAGCUGAGGCAGCAAUUGUGGAAUUCUGGCAACACGGCCAUUGAUGUUCUAAACGGUAUAGCUUGGGACGAAGAAAAGAACAGACUGUUUUUGACCGGGAAAUUGUGGCCGAAGCUCUACGAGAUCAAGCUGCGCCCGGUCGACGGGCCACCGGACGGGUCUGUGGAGAGGCUGUGCCCAAGGGCAAGCUUUUAUUGA